CAUCAAAGAACGAACGACGAAGACGACCAACCUGGUUGUGUUGGACGAACGACUGAAACAAUAUUCACUUAUUGGAAAAUGGUGAUAGAAGUUGUUGUAUCGUUUACAUUUUGUGCUAUAAAUUUUCAUCAAAAACUACGAUUAAAUUUCCAAAAUUAAUUUGAAAAUUACAUCAAAGUGGAUUAAAAAGAGUGUUAAAAAUUGAUUUAACAAUAAUUUGUUGCAAAAUAUUAACGCUAAAAUGAAUGAAAUGGACAUUUUGUGUGGCGAGAAAAUAAUUCCCCCUCAUACGCAGCAAUCGCAAAUGGCGACUGAAUUCACGUCGCCCGCUACCAAAGAAAAUACAGGUUCUAAACUCACGUCAGAGUCGGCCAUUGUUGAUGUGACACUCCCAACAGAUGGCGCCACAAAUACUUCCGUCGACCAUGUUGGCAGUUUAUGCCCAAAUAAUUCAAAUAAUUUAAUUGGUCAAAAUACUGCUAAUAUUGGUGGUGGUAAUAAUCCAUCAUCGAAAAAUAAGCGAAAACAUCGCAGAGGCAAACCAAAGACCAAAAAUACCAAUAAACCCUAUAAAAAGACUAAUUGGAAAUUCCAAGUUCCGCCAUAUGGUCGAAGUCAAAGUGGUAGUGGUUAUGGUCGUGGGGGUACUUUAGCUGGUGGUAGUUCAUCAUCAGUGUCCAUAGGUGGACGACGUCUUAAAUUGAAUCGUAGUCGUUCAUUGGUGCCAUACAAUACCAAUAAGUUUUUGAUGGAGGAACAUUUAGCAGAGGUGCCAUCUGCAUUAUUAACACCAUCUGGUAGGACUAGAGAUUCUAGUUUUUCUGUUGAUUCCGAAGAUAACUACUUCUAUUCUUUACCCGAAGAUGAGGAAGAAUUUCUUACCAAGGAAUUUGCAAAUGUAUACGAAAAGGCUAGAGUGGAACGUUUGGAAACCUUAUCCAAGCAACAGCUGAUUGAAGAGUGUCUAUCGAUUGAGGAUAGAUAUUCGGAACAAGGUGCACAAAGACAACAGCAGAUAAAUGCACAGAGAUUAUCGGCAGAGUAUUCGAUGAGAAUAAGAUCGUUAGAGGAGAAAGUUCGUGAUUUAACUAAAGAGAACGCUGAUUUACGCCGACAGUUGGCUACAACUCAACGCCCAACACCAAUGGAUUCAUCCAGUGAAGAUAGUGAAAGUGAUAGCUCGAGCAGCAGCAGCAAAAGCUCAUCGUCAUCAAAGAGCUCACUGAGUACAUACAGUUCACCGGGUGAAUUAAAAAAUGAUGUUCAAAUGGCUGAUGCAUCACUCAGUGCCGAAGAACAGCAAGAAGUUGCAAAUGGAAUUUCCAAUUGCAAUGGCUAUCAUUCAGCAAGCAGUAAUACUCCACCAUCUUCACCCUCAAGGCCAUCAUCGCCGAUUUCCCCGCAACAAUUAAGAAGACAAAAUGAAGCGUCAGCUCCACAAUCGUCAAAUGCUAAUCCAUAAAGUCGUUUUUAAGAUUUCCAAAACACACAAAAAAGCAUUUGAAAAACAAAAAACAAAAAGAAAAGAAUUCUGAAGUAUAUAAAUAUUGCAUAUUGCUAAAAAAAAAAUGUUUUAGAUUAAAAAAAAAUUGUUUUUAAAAUUAAUGUUUAUUUUUUUCUUUUUAUUAAUUCUACCAUAAGCAUAUUAUUGUAUUUAUAAAUAAUUUUAACAAAAAAUAAAUAUAAUUAAAAAAGAUGUACAUUUAA